GCUCUAGCCUACGGAGUUAGUGAGUCCCUUUGCCGGUCCCAAGAAAGGUCCCAAGUCCCUCAGUCCUUAACAGCCGGGGGAGUCCCGGCCUAUCGGCUCCUUAGUCGCCGAGGCAGGAGGCGUGUGUGAGGGAAGGCCCUUGACCUAUUUAUUGUCCAUCAUGGACCACGCCAGUACCUGCUCUAGCUUUCAGUCGGACUUGGAUUUCUGUCCGGAUUGCGGCUCGGUCCUGCCUCUGCCCGGGGCUCAGGAUGCGGUCACCUGUAUUCGCUGUGGCUUUUCCAUCAAUGUGCGGGACUUUGAAGGGAAAAUCGUGAAGACCUCAGUUGUAUUUAACAAACUGGGGACAGCCUUGCCUAUGUCGGUGGAGGAAGGACCUGAGAUCCAGGGACCUGUGGUUGACAGGCGCUGCUCUCAGUGUGGUCAUGAGGGAAUGGCAUACCACACCAGACAGAUGCGCUCAGCUGAUGAAGGACAGACUGUCUUCUACACAUGUACCAACUGCAAGUUUCAGGAAAAGGAAGAUUCUUGAUCUUUUUUUCUGGGCAACUCUACAGUACAUCCUCUUCUUCCUUAGAAGGUGAAGGAUAUUGGUUCUUGUCUAUCUCCUCUUCAGUGUUUUGCUCCCAGAGAAUAAUCAGAUCUUACAUGGGGACUACCAUUGGUCUCCCACCUACUACUAUCCCAGUUGAAUUUAUUAAAGUUACAUUUUUCUAUAAAACCUGAA